GUACCCAUCGACAUCACGGGGUCAAAGGGAAACAUCGGAAGGUACAUCGAAGGUUCAUCCCGACCAACGCAGUGUUACAGAUUCCACAGCAGGGUGUGCGUCGUGAGUUUUGCAACCGUCUUUCUACUUAAAUCCGUAUAUAUAGGGUCGUCAAACGUGUAAUUUAGAGAGAGCAGAGCGUAAGAUUCCAGAAGCCUUGCAGUGGAGCAAGAGACGCCUGGCAUCUGUCAACGUGCGGUUUAGAACAUCACAAGACGUGUACGACCAAGAAUGUUUUUCACAUUGACGAUUCUGGUGACACUCUGUGACAGUGUUCUCGGUGAUGGCUACAUGUUUACAGAGGAAAUGUAUGACAAAUGCUGGACGGAGGUGUACUUGUCAGCCGACAGGGCGGGCUAUAUCACAUACCACCGGGCCGGGCCGUAUCCGCCCUACAAAGAGUGUGCCGUCAACUACUACACAGACUCGGGCUACGUCAUCAGUUUGGAGGCAUUUAACUUGACCGGCAUGCCUAGUGACUGUUCCGAUUACAUAUUUGCGUGCAAUGAGAAGGAUUUCCUGUGCGACACAGACAGCAGUUCGGUGCACUACUGUUGGAGAGGAGUUCACUACAGUCAUGACGUGUCCUGGGGACAGAGCAUCACAAUCCGCCUGUUCUCGGACCACUCCACACAGGGGGUCUACAGUAUCGAGUACAGAGUGGAAGAAGCUAAAACAGACAGCGACACCAUCGUCUAUAUUGUAGUGGGUGUGAUCGCCGCAGUGUGUGUCGUUGUCGGCAUCAUCUGCAAAUGCUGUAGAAACGACGAUGACGAUCUCCCGCCUUUAAAUAUUCCCCCAGUUACUACAAGAAGCCCAAAUGCUUCCAUGCUCAGGAACGCUCGCCCGUUAAUACCAGAAAGAAAUUCAACGGAAUUUGUCAGUCCUCCAGGACUUGUUUACAUCCCGCCAGCAGGAUAUCCCUCCGCGCCUGCCCCAGGUAACCUUCAGUGGUAUGACCUUCAGGAACGAAGCAGAGCGCCGCUUCCACCGGCUGGUCUUGGACAGGAGCCACCGCCACCUCCGUACGAUGAAGCACUACAGAUGCCAAGGAAACAACCUACAACGUCAUAGGACGUGCAUACAACAUUGUCAUUGAGGACAGACAUUGACUGCCAACUAAUCUUUUUUCUGAUAAAAAGUCACAAUCGCCUGCACCUUAGUCUCACAGAAGUGGCAAGAGAGUAAGGAUAGAUAAACUUUCUUCAAAGACUUCGAAACUACCCCCCCCCCCCCAUAAAAUAAAAGCCAGCACCGCUUGAAGUCUGCGGAGGCGGCUUAGGCCCAAUUUACACUUGUACAGAUUCAAGAAACAAGUGUAAAUUGGGCCUUAUGAUAGAGAACUCUUGAAUAGUAGAGAUAGCACGGGACACGCGUACGUUUGAUUUUUUCUACAACUUUGGCUAUCUCGUCUUUUUUUUCUUUGUACUAUUCUUCAAGUGUACGUCAAUAAACUUUUAACUACUGG